GAAGCAUUGUCUCUUCGGAGACAUCUGAUAAAAUUGGAACGAUACAGAGAAGAUUAGCAUGGCCCCUGCGCAAGGAUGACACGCACAAAUCGAGAAAUGGUCCAAAUUUUUUUUCCUUCCUCUCUUUCAAUCGUCGUCGAGAUUUCUAGGGUUUUCUUUUUUCCCUCUUUCGCCACAAAUUCUUAACGUUAUUGCUGCCUAAUCGUCUUCGAAUCGCAUCAGCAAUCUAAUAAAUGGCGGCUAAGGCUUCACUGGAAUCCGUUAGCAACUGAAGAAGGUGGAAGGUGGAAUCUUUUAAAAUUCCCAAAUUUGUUCAUUUCAGUCUCAAAACCCUGGAGCUGCUGAGGGCUAACUAGCGAUUGGAGUACUGAUGAUUUCAGCAGUUCAACAUUAUACUUAACCUGGAGUUGAUCUCAUAUUGUAACUCUACCUGCGGCUAUUGGAUUUUCGUCACAGCUGCAAGACAAUUUAGUUUCAGGUGCUGCAUGACAUGGUCUUGAGCUUCUAUUUGAAACAUGUUGAACGGUUAGCAGGAAAUUGGCCAUGCAUUAAAAGUAAAAAAAAAAAAAAAAAAUUGGCGCGGCUCAUGGCAUCUCGUAGCAGCAAGGAUCAUAAGGGCCCUGAUCCUUGCCCAAUUUGUCUUGAACCAGUAAAGGAAGAAGCCUAUUUAGAUCGAUGUUUCCACUCAUUUUGCUACCGAUGCAUUGUUCAAUGGUCCAAUGUGGUAUCCAAGAAGCACUCUCAAGCUAAAUCUUCAAUGAAAUGCCCUCUUUGCAUGACAGAAAAUUUUUCUAUAGUUCACGGUUUCAAUGGAGAAAAUUUUCAGCAGCAUUACAUAAGCCAGAGCCAUGACAAAAACAAUCUUUCUAGUGCUCAUCAAUUUCGAUUGCAGUGGUAUAAUAGCAAUGCAAGAGUCUCAAGGAAGGAAUCUGAUGUUCAUUUGUACUGGAAGCUUCUUAGGUAUCUUAGGAGAAACAUAUGGCUUGAGAAUUGGUUGAGAAGGGAAAUCCAGGCUCUCACCCAACAGGAGGAUGUGGAAAUUAUUGUACAUCAUAUUCAUGGAGCAAUUGAGAAUUUCAUCAGAAGACAGCAGCAAGAUCACAUAAAAAAUGUGAUGCCCGAGGAUAAGCGCAAACGGUUUAGGGAACUAAUUUCUGAUGUUGCAAGGCCUUUUUUGUUUGGGCGAACAGAGCGCUUCGUUGAUGAGUUGGAGUCUUUCCUGGUUCUGGGUUUAACCGUCGAUGCUUAUGAUGCAAUUUGCAUGCAGAAUUUGCCAGGCGCUUCUACUUCUUCUGACUGAAAGAUACAGUUCUGAUGGGGACUACACAAAUUUGGGUACUUAAGAUGAAUCUAUAAAAUGAAGGGAAAAUCCCCUUUACGUUCAGUCAGAUUAAUCAAUGAUCAAAUCACCUUGUUUAGACCAAGUUUGCAUGACUGAAGCAGAGAUUUGCCUCUUGGUUCUCAUUCUUAGUGUGGUAGCUUCUACAGAAAUUCGGCUAAUUAACUGAAGUCUAUAAAACAAAGGGAAAACCUGCUUUAUGUUCUGUCAGAUUAAUCAAUGAUCCAAUCGCUCUAUUUAGGCCAAGGCUGCAUCACUGGAGCAGAGAUUUGCCUCUCGGUUUUCAUUCUUAGUGUGGUAGCUUCCUUGGGCAUUACUUCUAUUUCAUCUCUUCAUUGUGACCAUCAGCCAAUCAGUUCUUCAUAUAUCCGAGACUCUGAGAGUAUGCUUCGGUUCUUCCUUCCACGGAAACGAGCAAGAGAUCGGAAGCAGUUCCACCAGAGAGAUGAGCUGUUGAAAUUGCUUCUACAGGAAUUUGGAAUUAUGAGCAUAAUCUUCCAUCAGCUCAAUACUCGACUUCCUCAGCUUGCCAAUUUGGCACAGUUCAUCUAGAGUAAUUACUUUGGUGUCUCAACUGAUAAAGGACUUCUUAGAUUUUUAAAAAAAAAAGAACUACUUCAUGCCCAAUGAUUUUGAUGUGUGCAAGGAAGUGAUAGACAAUGGAAUUCAUGUUUUCAGUUUAGUCCCAUAUUGAAACAGAGAUGUUUCAGGAUUUUGAUUAUGAAUUAGUACUUGUGGUACUUUUGUAGAACUAACCCGAAAACAUGUUUACAUGGGAAAAAAAAAGCUAAGUACUGGUUUCAAAUUACUAAAUUGAAUUAAAAUUUUGGUUAAUUAAUUUUUAUGUUCCCUAGUGAAUGAUGUGCCUUUUGAUUUAGUAAAUGCUUGGUUUUGGGGAUUGUUUUUGUUAUAAUUGUUAUAAUAUUAUUAUGGAUGUCCAUUGGUAUUCCAAGGAGUUAUAGUAGUACUA